AUGAAAAGUAACCAUACGAUGAAAUCCAAAACAUUAAGCUUAAUGAGAAAAUAUAUAGGGACCAAUAAAAAUUUUUAUAGAAAAGUUAUUAUAAAUCCAACUUUAGAAGAUGAUUUACAAAAAUUUUGUAAAAAUUAUUUUAGAAUAUAUACCUUCUCUUUAUAUAACUUUAUUAGAAGAUUGAUUUCUUUUGACGCUGUAGUUGUAUAUCUAUUAUUUUUAAUUGUUUAUAUAAUUUCAGAAAUUAGUCAAGGAAUAACCAAUAAAUAUGUAAUUAUAGAUACAGCAAUUUCUCUUAUUUUAAAUUUUGCAAUUUUAGUUAUUAUAGAAUCUCUUUUUGAGCUAAAACAAUUCAAAGAUAUCAAAGAUGCAAAUUCACAAUUUUAUCUUAGAAUAGUACCAAAAAUGUCUUAUUUUGAGAAAGUUAUGACUAAAGAUAUAAAAGUAGGAAAUAUAAUUAGGGUUUUUGAAGGUGAUGAGUUCCCAGCUGAUGUUGUUAUACUUUAUGUAAAAAAUAAUUUAAAUGCAGUUGUAGAUUCAUUUAAAAUAGAUGGGCUAUUUAGAAAAAGCAUUAAAUAUCCUGUAGAUAAAUAUAAAAUUGAUAGAGAUUAUUUAAAAAUGUUAUCAGAAAUAAAUGGCGUUAUUAAAUGUGAAUUGCCUAACAAAAAUAUUUUCUGUUUUCAAGGAAGUUUCAAAUUAGAUAAGCACCCAAGAUCAUUACUUUUAAAUUACGAUAAUUUUGCUCUACAGUCUUCUAUUUUAAAAGGAGCAGAAUAUAUAGAUGCAGUAGUUGUAUAUACUGGUGCUGAUACAAAAAAAAAUUUGAAUAUACCUCAGAAAAUAGAAGAUAAUAGAACAUUUUGCAUAAAAAUGAACAAUGUUGUAUAUUACUUGAUAUUUAUGUAUUUUUUUUUUGUUCUGUCAAGUAUAAUAAUAAAAUUUGCAUUUUUUGAAAGAACAUUUUCAUAUCAAAAUAAAAAAGAAGGUUUCUUUACUAUUCUAGAAGAUUUUAUUGGUCUUUAUAUACUAGUCUUACCUAUUAUGAUGUACUCGGAAAAAAGUCUUAUAUACAUUAUCCAAAGUUUAAGAAUAGAAAAUGACAUAAGAAUGAGAGAAGAUAUAAAAAAUGAAAAACCUAAAGUUUUUAAUAAAAAUAAAAAUGAUGCAUUGGGUACUGUUGACUUAUUAGCAACAGCAAGAAAUGGAAUUCUUGUAAAAAAAAAAGAAUUAUUUUCAUCAUGCGUAAUUAAUAAUGUAAUAUAUGCAAAAAACGAUUUUGUUUAUUCUCGUAAAGAUUUUAAAUUACCUACUCUAAACAUACUAGAUGCAGAAAGAAAAGAUGUUGUAGAGCUUUUAAACUUAGACGAGAGAAUUUUUAAAGAUCCCGAAAAUUUAUUCUUUCCUUCAAGGGAUUUUGUUUUAUUUUUAAAAUUAUUUGAAAAAAAAAUAAAUUCAAUAUAUGAUCCAUUUGUUGAUGACUUAUCUACAUUAUUGAAAGAGAAAUAUAAAAAUUAUUUAAACGAAGAAAUUUUCAAUAAGAAUGCUAGAAUUACAAGCUUUAUAAAAUCCAAAUUAAAUGUUGGAUACAAUCAAUUUUAUGAGAAUAAUACAAGCAGUUAUAACUGUAAAGAAGUAAUUGAUGAUGCACAAGAAUGUAAUGAUCAAUCAAUGAGAAUAGAAGAGUUUAUAUUAGGAAUGUGUGCUUGUAAUAGAAUAGUAAUUUAUAAUGAAAAAUGCCUAGAUAUGAUAUUAAAAGAAUAUAAAAGCGAAAAUUUUAGUGAUCACUAUAAUAAAUAUGAAAAUGAAAACGAUAAUGAUGGAUAUAAUUAUGUAGAUGAAUCAGAUGAAGAAAAUUUUAACUGUAUUGAGCACGAAGAUAUAUGUUUAUACAAUGCUGUAAAAAAUAUAGGAUUUAAAAUUUAUUGCUAUAAGAAUAACUUAUUUCUUUAUAAUUUAAGAAAUGAAUGUAAAGAAUAUUUUUUAAUUUGUUUUAAUGAUUUUUUAAGAAGCAAUGAUUUUUCUAUGUGCAUUUUAAAAAAUGCAAAUGAAUUAGAUAAAGGCACAAUAUAUGUUCGUGGUUAUGAUUUUAACAUUAUUCCUUGUUUAUCACAAGAAAAAAAUAAUAUAAAAAAAAUUAAAAAGAUUAUAAAACUAUAUACUUUGAAUUAUUUAAAAGUUAUAUUAAUUUGUAAAAAAGAGAUUAGAAACGAAGAAAUAGCAAAGUAUAUUUUUCUAAAAAGUGUUAGAAAGAAAAUGUCUUUUAAAUUAUACGAUUUAAUUAAAUUGUUUUUUUUAUAUGAUUUGGAAGUAGUAGGAAUAAUUGGUUUAAAAAGUUCUUUAAAAGAAGGUGUAAAAGAAACAUUUACUGAUAUAAUAAAUUUUGAUAUUAGAUCAUGGAUUUUUACAAAUGAGUGUGCAAAGAAUACUUAUUUAACAGCACUUGAAUGUAAUUUAAUUACUUCUAAAUCAAAUUUAUUCUUAAUUAAUUUUUAUAAUAUUCAAGAUCCAGAAUAUAUGGCAAAUGUUUUAUUUAAUAAUUUCACUGAAUCUUUAGAUAAAUUAAAAUCUAGCUCUUAUGCUAUUGCAAUAAAUGAUUCAAGUAUAAAAAAUAUUAUGAGUAAUGUUGAGACAAUGAAAAUAUUUUUAUAUAUAGCCAUGAGAGCAACGGUUGUUUUAUUUUGUAAGUUGAAAAAUGAAACUAAAGGAAAAAUAAUAAAAAAAUUACUUUCUUUAACAAACCCACGGCUAACAAUAUUAGGUGUUGGUUCCACUUUAAAUGAUGCCUAUUUAUUAAAAAACACAACUAUAAGUGUAUGUUUAAGUUUAAAUGAGCAAGUUAAUGUUCUUUAUAAUAUUUCUGAUUAUGUAUUGCAUGAAUUUAAAUUUAUUAGUGACUUACUAAUAUUAGGUAGAUUAAAUAGAUUUUCAUUAUGUAGAACGUUUUUGUGGAUAAUAUACUUAAAAGUCAUGAUGGCUUCUUUCUAUUUUUUUCAUAAUUUUGAUAAUUCCUUUUCCGGAUCUUCCAUUUCAUCAAUAUUAUAUUCACAAACAACUUUCUCCAUAUUUCACUAUUUUUUAAUUAUAGCAUUUUCAGCAUAUGAGAUAGAUUUGCCUUAUAAAUUUAUUAGACUUAUUCCUUAUAUUUACCAAUUAUCUAGAAGGAAAUAUUUUCUAAAUAAUACAAUUAUAUUUUUAACUAUAUUAGAGGCUUUUCUUACUUCUUUAAUUUCUUAUUAUAUAUUAAAAAAUAGCGUUUUUCAUUUAAUUUCUCAUAGAACGUUUACAUUUCAUAUAUUUAUCCUUAUAUUUUUUUUAACUUCUGAAAAGAUUGUUCUACUUUCAAAAACAUGGCAUUUGUAUUUUUUUAUUAUGACAGUUUUAAUUAUUUGCUUUUUGUUUAUAUAUGUAAAUGUAUAUACAUUAAUUGAUUGUAUAAAAUUAGGGAAGUGUGAAUUAGGUCUUUUUCAAACUGAGGACUUAUAUUUUUGGUUAUCCUUAUUACCAAUUUUAUAUAUUAACUUUUUGAUUGAUAAAAUUGGAAAAUUUAUAAAUAAUAAAAUUUAUCCUGAUAUAUCUGAUUAUUUACGUAAGGGUUUUGUAAAUCUGAAUAUUAAAAAAAAACUGAAAGAUUCAGACAUCAUAAGUAAUAAAAAAAAGGAAUUCUCGGAUUUCAAUAAAAAUAAAAAGUUACAAAAAUUAAUACCUAAACCAAACAUUUAUCACAUAAAAGAUGACAAUACAUAUUAUAGUAAAUCAAAAAAAAAUAAAUUCAUUUAUAGCGCCUUUAGAAAAAUUAUAGAUAUAAAUGUAAAAUACAGAAAUCAACAACUAAAUUUGGAAUAUAAAACAUAUGAAAAAAGGAAUAAAUUAAAAUUAAGAAUAAUUGUAAUAUUGUUGUUUUUUAUUUAUUUCUUGAUUUUUUUUUCUCAAGCAAUAACAUUUAAGGCAAUAAAAUUUUCAUUAAAAUAUGCUACUCUUAUUACUUUGGUCAAUUAUACUUUAGCAACAAUAAUUUUAAUUUAUAUAAGAAAGAAAAAUAAAUCUAAUUCAACUCUUUUUUUUUUUAUGGCAAGGUUGUUAUUAAUACUUGGAUUUUUUUUAGAAUUAUAUGAAAAUGUUAAUAAUAAUUUAAUAAAUUUGCUAGUUGUCUAUUCAUUUACAGUCUCUUAUAUAUUUUUUUUUUCUUUUAAAAUUUUAGAAGGAUUAAUCAUUUGCACAAUAAUACUAUCUAUGUCAAUAUGGGUAUAUUAUAAUGAAAGUAUGAAUAUUAGUCUUGGUUGUUAUAAAUUUUGUGACAAUCCUUAUUUAACUAGAAAGAAUUUUGAAGAUGUAAAUGUAUCUUGUUUAUGUAAGCAACAAGUGAUUAUCUUUUUUAUAUGUAUAUUUAGUUUUACUUUAAUUUGUCUAUCGAUGAAAUAUUAUGAAAUUUAUUACGUAAAAAAAAAGUUUUUAUUUAGAUAUAAACAGAAGGUAAAUUUAGCUAAACAAAUAGAAAUCUUGCAUACAAUGUUACCCAGCUUUUUAGUUGAAUAUUUAUUAAUAAGUGAUCCAAAGGCGGAUGGGAUUAUGGUAGGUAAAAAUAUAUCAGGUGAAGAUAGAGGUAUUAUAUCAGUAAUUUUUUGUGAUAUAGAUGAUUUUCAGAAUAUGGUUACAACAUUACAACCACAAGCUCUAGUAGAAACAUUAGAUAAUUUAUAUUUGUAUUUUGACAAAUGUAUAAAAUACUUUAAUUGCAUAAAAAUAGAAACUGUGUUUGAAUCAUAUUUAGCUGCUUCAGGCUUAAAUGAAAAGCAAAAUGACUGUAUAUACAAAAUAAAAUAUGAUACAAAAUGUGCUAUAAGAUUAGCUAUAGCUCAGUUAAGUGCUAAAUAUUAUAUAUCUUAUAAAGUAUUAGAUGUUCAAUCAAAUUCAUUAGAUAACACCUUUCCAGUUGAUAAAUAUGUGUAUAAAAGUAUUAGUUUGAGGAUAGGUAUACAUACCGGAAAAGCUAUAAGUGGAGUUAUUGGAUCAGUUAAACCUCAGUAUUCACUUUUUGGUGAUACUGUUAAUACUGCAUCAAGAAUGAAAUCUACUUCAUUACCUGAUCAUAUUCAUGUUUCUCAAGACACUUACAAAUAUUUAGAAGAAGAUAAGACAUUAUUAUGGAAAGAAAGAAAAAUUUUUAUCAAAGGAAAAGGAGAAAUGAAGACCUACUUAUUGGUAGAUAUUCUCGAUGAUUAUAAAAGUAAAAGAGAAGAUUCAGAAUUAGAGCCUUCCAGCUCGAUACUAUCAGAGAACACUAAAAAAAAUUUAGAAAUAAAUAAAGAUAAUGAGGAAGAAAAAAUAAAGAAAAAAGAAAAGAGAGAAGAAAAGGAUGAAAAAGUAGAAAUAAAAAAAAAAAAAAAAAAGGAAAAUAAAGAAAAUAUAAAAGAAGAUAAAGAAGGAAAAAUAAAAACAGAAAGUAAAUUAACUGAAGAUAACCUUUAUAUGUAUGAUAAAGAAAAUUUUAAUGAUACUAGUAGUAUAGAAAGAAAAAGUUUCUUUUCGUAUUCAAAAAUUGAUGAUGAAAAUGCAAAUUAUAUAAGUUCUGACAAUUUAGAAGAAAUAAAAAGUUUAAAAAAAAAACCACCAUAUAAAUUUGAAUCUCGAGUGAUUUUAAAUAAUGAAGCACUUAAAAGAAAAAAUAAAGAAUGCGAUUUUUUUACUUCCCCAUAUAGGGAAGACGGAGAUUUAGACUAUAUGAAAAGGCAAAAUGCAAAAAAGAGAAAAAAGAAGAAAAAAAAAACAAAAAAAAAAUUACGUUACUUAAAAGAGUAUUCAUCUAGUUUUAAUGGGAAAAUUGAAAUGAAAAAUGCCAUAAAAAAAUAUAUAAAGGAAAGAAAAGAUUAUCAAAAGAAUUUUUAUCCACCUAAUUUUAAUUUUAACAGGUACUUGAAAACUUCCAAUGACAUCAAAAAGGACAAAAGCAAAAAUCAGGAGUAUACUUAUAGUUAUGAAGAAAUUUCCUAUAAUUUUUUAAAUGAUAGCUUUACGUCGAAUUAUGAAUAUGCUACUGAGUCUGAAAAUUAUAGAGAACAUUUAAAUCAGAAUAAGAAAUUUAUUAAUUUUGAUGAUUUGUUCACUAAAAUACAUAGAAAAAAAAAACACUUAUUAAAAACAGAAAUUAGUAUAGAAGGGGAAAAAAAAAAAAAAAAUUUUUUUAGGAGAAGAAAAAAUGAUAAUGAAGAAUAUGAUAAUUCAAAAAUGAAGGAUAAAAAAUUUUUUUAUUUUUCUGAGCAUCAAACACAAAGAGUAAUAGAUGAUGAAUCUAUUGAAUAUUAUAAUAAUAUGUUUUAUCAAAAUACUAAAAAUAGAACUAAACGUUCUAUUUCUUUGGAUAACAAAUAUAGUAUAAAUGAAAAUAAGGAAUAUUUAAACAAUUAUCUCUUUCAGAAAGAGAAAUGUUCACAACAUAAAAAUAAUAUUAUACUGGAAAAAAAUAAAAGAAAAAAAAAAAUAAGUAAACAUAUUAGAAAAAAAAAAAAAAAAUGUAAGUAUGUUUUAAAUGAUAACCAUAAAACAUAUUUCAUUGGCAAUAAUUAUAGUACAGGAAAUUUAAUUAUUAAUAGUAAUAAAAAAAAAAAAUACAAAGAAAAGAAAUUCAUUACAAAUAAUUUUAGAAAUAAAAGUAUUAAUAAAAAUAAUAAAGAAUCAAAAAAAAUUAGUUUACAACAUAAUUUCUUAAGUAACAACUUAAAAAAUAGUAGAAAUAAAUGUUCAAAUAAUAAUUUAAGUAUUAGAUAUAUAUUUAGAAACUCUAAUGUGAAUAGUAAUACUAUAGAAAGUGAUUAUAUAAUAGUUUAUAAUAAGUUUAAUAAUAUGGUAGAUAACAAACUAAAAAAAAAUAAUUAUCCAAAUUAUAAAAAAUUUUAUAAAGAUUGGCAUAAAAAAAGCACAAUUAUUAAGGGUAAUAUGAACCAUAAGUUAAUAAAUAAGAAUAAAAAAAAAAUAGAAAGAAAUAAAAUAGAAAAUAUAAUCAAAAUGGAAUAUAAAAAAAUUCCUAAAGAUUACAACUUGAGUGAUAUGGCAUUAAGCGAUACCUAUACAAUCACAAAAAAUAGUAUAAAUCUCAAUCAUAGUAUAGAGGAAAUAAAAAAAAGUAAUAAAAAAUUUUUUAUUGAAGAUAAUGCGAAAUUUGGAUCAACUAUAAAUAGAGUAUCAUCUGGGAUUAAACAAAAAAAAGAAAAUGAUAAAUCUAAUAAGAUUAAUAAAAAAAGUUCUAAAAAUAAAGAUAGGGACCAAUUUAAAUUAAAUGUAGAAAAUUUUUUUAAAAAAAAAGAAGUUAAUUUUAAUAAUGAAAAUUCUGCAAAUAUUGAAGAUAAUAAUAAUUUACCUAAUGAUAGUGAAAGAACUAAUACACAAAAUAAUAUUAAGAAAGAAGAUGAAAAUGAAGAAAAGAAAAAUGUUAACAAAGAAGAUCAAGAAGAUGAAAAAGACAAAGAAAAUGAAGAAUACAAAAAAAUUAAAAAAAAGGUAUCAAAAAAAUUAAGUUUUUAUAGUUUGAAAGAAAAAAGUUAUUUAACUGAUACUUUUGGUGAUAGCUCUUUUGCAAUAAAAUCUAAUGAAACAAAUAUUAGAAUAAAAGAAAAUGUAAAAAAAGAAUAUUUUAUCUUGAGUCCAUCAAUUAAAAAAAAAAAAAACAUUUUUACUAAAAUUAAUAAUAUAUUUGCAAAUUAUUUUAAGAGUAUGGAUUUAACUGAAAAAUCAAACUCUAUUAAAAAUACACUUAAAAAUAUUCCAACAAGACAAAAUAAAUCAAAAAAUAAUGAGAAAAUUAUUAAUUCACAUAUAAAUGUUAAUAACAAGAAUUUAGAUUUUGCAAAUAAGUUUGAUAACUAUAAUAAGAAAUUAUUAAAGAAAUUAACUUCAACAUUACAAUUAAAUAAAAAGAAAGUAAAAAAUUUCAAUACUUUUUAUUAUAAAUUUAAUGAUGAAGAAUUAGAAGAAGAGUACUCAAGAAAUUAUUAUAGAGAAAGAAUAAAUAUUGAUUUAACAAAAAAGUUAAUUAUUAUAUUUGUUGUUUCAGAAUUAAUUUUAGGAUUGUGUAAUGUGAUAGAGUUAUCCUAUUACGAUAAGAGUUCUAGAAAAAAUGAUUUCAUAGUAAUUAUUUGGUUAAUACGAUCUAUAUAUUUAUUUAUAAUAACAUACAUAUGGCUGUUAUUAAAAGUAAAGCUAAAAGAAUAUAAAAAUAAUUCUAGUAAGAUGAUGUGGACUACAUUUAUUUUAAAUAUAUUUUUAUCUUCCUGGUGUAUUAUGAUAAUAGAUUUGUCUUGUAUACAUUUUAGUAAUUUGGUUGGUAAUUCAAAUGAGAGAUCAUUAUUCCUUAUGAAAGAUGCAACUGAAUUAGUUAUUUGUAUACAGCUAAUAUUUAUUAAAAAUAUGUUAUUUAAGCAUAAAUUCUUUUUUUUAGUAUUUUUUUUUAUUUUCCUUGUUUAUUCAUUUAGUAAAUUAUUUAGUGUAACAAUGCAUGAAACACGAGUCUGUUUUAGUAUAAUUUUAAUUCUUUUUAUUAAUAUACUAUAUUUUUGGUAUUCAGAAUAUCUAGAUAGAAUACAAUUUUUAGUAAAAAGAAAAAGAAAUAGAAUGGAAAAGACGUCUCAAGAUUUUCUAACAAGAAUAUUGCCAAGACAAGUUUUAGAAGAAUAUCAAAAUGAUAAUUUACAAUUAACAUAUAGGCAUGAAAAAAUUGCUUUUUUAUUUGCUGAUAUUGUUGGUUUCACAAAAUGGAGCAAGACUGUUGCUCCUAAAGAUGUUUUAAAAUUGUUACAAAAACUAAUUUCUAAAAUAGAUAAAGACACAAUUAAACUAGGCUUAUACAAAUUGUUUACAAUUGGGGAUGCCUAUGUAGCAACUAGUCAGCCAAAUUCAUCUAUAACUGAUGAAAGUGAAGCUGUUGAAGGAAUAUUAAAUAUUUUUAAGCUAGCAAAACUUAUUUUACAUAAUAUUAAUACUAUUAAAAUCCAAUUUAAUAAGCAUGAUUUUAAUAUGAGAAUAGGAUUACAUUAUGGUUCUUGUGUUGGUGGAAUAAUUGGAUCUGUUCGAUUAAGAUAUGACAUGUGGGGGUUAGAUGUGUUAAUAGCUAAUAAAAUUGAAUCUAAUGGAAUACCAGGAGAAAUUAUUUGCUCUGAACAAUUUAAAGCAUUUUUCUUAGAAAAUGAGCCACAAGCUAAAUUAAAUUUUUGGUAUUAUAAAACAAUAUAUAUAAGUGAUAAAGAUAUAAAAUUGUAUGUUAUUGAAGACAAAAAUUAUGAAGAAGAUUAUGAUCAAAAAGUUAUAGAUUAUGAAACUUUAUUAAAAUUGCGUAAAGAAAAAGAGAGACAUGAUCUAACAUCUUUUGAUAACUAA